UUUUGUGUCCCGUUAAAAUGUGUUUGAAUUUUGGAGUCUACAUCCGAUUUUUUGCCGCGCUUUUUGGUAGCACGGUGACUGCAGGACAAUUUGAAGGUAACACGUACAUGAAAGGGGAAGUAAUUAGCAUAAUAAGUAAAAUUGGACCAACAAUGUGUGUUAAUAAAUGUAAAAGUUCGAAUGGAUGUAGUGGAAUUAAUUUUGAUCGACAACAAUUAACUUGUGAGUUAUUGCGCAUAAACACGACAUCAGACGACAGAUCUGUAAAACCUGGUUCCAUGUAUACUGCUUUAUCUUCUUGGCAGACGAACAAUACUACAUGUUUGCCAAAUCCUUGCUCUCAAAACAUGAGAUGUGCAGUAUCCAAUCAAAAUAAAGCAAUUUGCAUACCAUUUGUUUUUUUUAUGGAAACUAUAACUUCAACAGAUUACCCAGGGCAGUAUCCAAACAACGAAGAGAAAACUUGGAGGUUUGCUGUCGAAAGUAAUUUCAAACUGGUUUUGAAAUUUACAGCAUUUAACCUUGAGACAAAUUUCGAUUUCUUAAAGAUUUAUGAAAGAGAAGGUGGAGCAGAAUUGUACAGUUUGACUGGUCAACAUCCGCCCGACGACAUUUGGUCAAAGGACAACGGACUCUUCAUUAAAUUUACAAGUGAUGACUCGGUUACCUGGCUUGGGUUUUCCAUGGAUAUAUAUAAAACCUCAUGA